GCUUCUGAAAUUUUAAUGGGUAAACCAAUCACCUGGGGAUCUCGUUAAAAUGCAGACACGGUUUCUCAAACUUUAAUGUGCAUGCGAAUCACCUGGGGAUCUUGUUAAAAUGCAGAUUCUGACUCUGUGGGUCUGGGGUGGAGCCCGAGAGUCUGCAUUUCUAACGAGCUCCCAGGUGGUGCGGGCUGCCCGGGUGCGGACAGCAGGCCCACAGGACCCCUGAGGUCUUGGCUCCAGGCCAAUCAGCCGUCAGGACUCUGGAUAAAUCGCCCUGCUCGGCUGAUGAGCUGAAUUGCCGGGACAUGCGCGUUCCGGCCGAAGGGGGGUAAUUUCCGAACUCCGGGAAUCGCUUGUGUGAAGUAGGCCACUCCUAGGGACGCGCGGGAGCCGGGUCCUCACGCCAUGUCGCGGCGCAAGCAGGCCAAGCCCCAGCACUUCGGCUCCGAGGACUCGCGGCCUGCGCGCCGGGAGCGCGCCGAGGUGGCCCUGCAGGUGGCGGGGGAGCCGGCUUCAGAACUAGAUAAUGAUGUUCCCACACCAACGUGCCUCCCCGCUGAAAGCAGUGACACUCAGAAAAGCCCUGUGACCACGCUUCCCUCAGAGUCAAGGGAACAAGCAGCCACUCUUGGAGAGAGGACGUUCAACUGCUGCUACCCAGGUUGCCACUUCAAAACUGUCCAUGGCAUGAAAGACUUGGACCGUCAUCUAAGAAUCCACACGGGAGACAAACCGCACAAGUGUGAGUUUUGUGACAAGUGCUUUAGCCGGAAGGACAACCUAACCAUGCACAUGCGGUGCCACACCAGCGUGAAGCCACACAAGUGUCACCUGUGCGACUAUGCCGCUGUGGACAGUAGCAGCCUCAAGAAGCAUCUGCGGAUACACUCUGACGAGCGGCCAUACAAGUGCCAGCUCUGCCCCUACGCCAGCCGCAACUCCAGCCAGCUCACUGUCCACCUGCGGUCCCACACAGGGGACACCCCCUUCCAGUGCUGGCUCUGUAGCGCCAAGUUCAAAAUCAGCUCGGACUUGAAAAGGCACAUGAUUGUGCACUCGGGGGAGAAGCCCUUCAAAUGCGAGUUCUGCGGCGUCCGCUGCACCAUGAAGGCCAACCUCAAGUCGCACAUCCGCAUCAAGCACACGUUCAAGUGUCUGCACUGUGCCUUCCAGGGCCGGGACCGGGCCGACCUCCUGGAGCACAGCCGGCUGCACCAGGCUGACCACCCCGAGAAGUGUCCCGAGUGCAGUUACUCUUGUUCCAGCGCAGCUGCCCUGCGCGUGCACAGCCGGGUCCACUGCCAGGACCGGCCCUUCAAGUGCGACUUCUGCAGCUUCGACACGAAACGGCCCAGCAGCCUGGCCAAGCACAUUGACAAGGUGCACAGGGACGAGACCAAGACGGAGAAUCGGGCGCCGCCGGGCCAGGAGGGGCCGCAAGAGAGCAGCUCCCAGCACGUGGCCAAGAUUGUGACCCAGAGGGCCUUCCGCUGUGACACCUGCGGUGCCUCCUUCGUCAGGGACGACUCUCUGAGAUGCCACAAGAAGCAGCACAGUGACCAGAGUGAGAAUAAGAACUCGGACUUGGUCACCUUCCCUCCAGAGAGCGGCAUCCCUGGGCAACCAGGCACGCUGGUCUCUGUGGGGCAGCUCGAGGCCUCCCUGGAACCCAGCCAGGACCUCUAGGUCAGCCCAAAGGG